AAACAAAAAACAUAUGAAACUCUGUUGACUUGCAACAGUGCAAGUAAUUUUCAUUUCGCUCCCGGCCAAAAGAUCUGCCCACACAAACAACUCCCUCUCUUUCUGUAUUUAAUUCGAGAAAAAUGGUAACAAAUCAUAUACUCACAAAUACAGAUCUGCUGCGUUGAUCGUAUUUUCCACUCAGAUUUUCACAUUAAGAAAACACAGUACUUUUCCCAUUUUUGACCCAACCAGAAAGUGGGGGAGUUCACCUUUGCGAGCUUUAGCUUACUCUCUGAUCUUUUCUUCAAUCUCAUAUGGAAAAGAAGCGUUGUGUUGUUUAAUACUGUCUUUGCUUUUUUAGGUAUAUUGGCUUGUUACCAUAUUGUUCUUGGCUUUCAUAAGCUGUGGGCUUCACCAAAUCAUAAUUGCUACUUCUGCUUUUCUGGGCUGCAUAGCUGUUUUUUUAUCCCUUUUCCCAUUAUACUACAAGAUCAGUGCUUUAUUAAUCAAUUCCUUGUUAAAUACACUUGUGGCUGUUUAUUUGAUUCAUUUGUUAGGAUCCAUUUGGUUUAUUUGCUCAAAUUCGGGCUUCCGUGCGUCUUGCUAUUGAGUUUCUUUCUCAUGUGCUAGAUUGAGUUAAGGAUAUUUCAUUGAUGUGGGUCGGAAGUUGACCUUUACCCCACGCUUUAGGAUCUUGAUUUUUGUCUUUCUGGUUGGUCAUAUUUUGGUGGGUUUUGAAUGAGGUGCAAGAGUAUGCUGUGUGGUGAGAAAUGAGGGUUAGGAUUAUUGAGAAAUGGGGUGUGUUUUUGGGAAAGCGAUUUCAUCUUCUGGGCCACCUAGUGGUGAUAUUGUAGUUGGAAAGGGGAGAGGAAAGGGAGAUGAGAAAGAUUUUUCGGUGCCAUCAGGGAGGAAGGAGAAAGUAGUAGUUGGUUCAGUAAAUAAAGCAGAAGAGCAGUCCGGAGGUGGUGGUGGUCAAACUCAGAAUGGCGGUGAUCAGAAGGAGGAGGACCAGAAGGAUGAAAAUGCACGUCGAGCUAGAGGUGAGAGGAGGAGGUCUAAGCCAAAUCCGAGGCUAAGCAAUCCCCCCAAGCACAUCCACGGUGAGCAAGUGGCCGCUGGAUGGCCUUCUUGGCUCUCUGCUGUGGCAGGAGAGGCAAUCAAUGGAUGGACACCUCGUCGUGCUGAUUCUUUUGAAAAAAUUGAUAAGAUUGGACAAGGCACUUAUAGUAAUGUUUAUAAAGCUAGAGAUGCCAUAACAGGGAAGAUUGUUGCAUUAAAGAAGGUUAGAUUCGAUAAUUUGGAGCCCGAGAGUGUGAGAUUUAUGGCUAGGGAGAUUUUGAUUUUGCGCCGCUUGGAUCAUCCUAAUGUCGUGAAAUUGCAAGGAUUAGUGACAUCAAGGAUGUCGUGUAGUUUGUAUCUGGUGUUCGAUUACAUGGAGCAUGAUUUGGCUGGACUUGCUUCGAGCCCUGGGAUCAAGUUUACAGAGCCUCAGGUUAAAUGCUACGUGCAUCAGCUUUUAUCUGGCCUCGAACACUGCCACAACCGCCAUGUUCUGCAUCGUGAUAUUAAGGGGUCAAAUCUCCUUAUUGAUGAUGGAGGAGUUCUUAAGAUUGCUGAUUUUGGAUUGGCUUCCACCUUUGACCCUAAUAAUAAACAGCCAAUGACUAGUCGUGUAGUUACUCUUUGGUAUAGGCCACCAGAGCUGCUUCUUGGUGCCACUGACUAUGGUGUUGGUGUGGACUUGUGGAGUGCCGGGUGCAUUUUAGCUGAGCUAUUUGCUGGGAAGCCCAUCAUGACUGGCCGGACAGAGGUGGAACAACUGCACAGAAUUUUCAAGUUAUGCGGUUCUCCAUCUGAAGAAUACUGGAAGAAGUCAAAGCUUCCUCAUGCAACCAUAUUCAAGCCGCAACAGGCAUAUAAAAGAUGCAUAAAGGAGACAUUUAAAGAUUUCCCGCCAUCUUCAUUGCCUUUAAUUGACACUCUACUUGCAAUUGAUCCAAGUGAGCGUCAGACUGCGACAGCUGCAUUAAAAAGUGAAUUCUUCACAACCAAGCCUUAUGCAUGUGACCCUUCCAGCCUUCCAAAGUACCCACCAAGCAAGGAGAUGGAUGCUAAGCGCCGUGAUGAAGAAGCUCGAAGGUUAAGAGCUGCUGGUAAAGCUCAAGCUGAUGGCGUGAAGAAAACUCGAACGCGUGAAAGGGGGAUGCGAGCAAUGCCUGCACCUGAAGCUAACGCUGAGCUACAAGCCAAUAUCGAUAGACGGCGUCUAAUUACCCACGCAAACGCAAAGAGCAAAAGCGAGAAGUUUCCCCCUCCACACCAGGACGGCGGACUUGGUUAUCCUCUGGGAUCGUCCCACCACAUGGACCCAACCUUUGAUCCUCCAGAAGUGCCGUUCAGUUCCAUGAAUUUCUCCUACUCCAAAGAUCCAAUGCAAACUUGGUCGGGGCCGUUGGUGGAUCCUGGUGCUGUUGGUGCUCCAAAAAGAAAAUCAAAACCAUCGAAGAAGGAUUACCGGAAAGACAAGAAUUAUAGUCGGAAUAAGGAUAAAGAUGACAUGUAAUAUAGCAUAACCCCAUUAUACAAAUGCCAGAUCAACAGACGCAGAUUGUGUGUGUGUGUUGUAUCUGUACCGGGAAACUAUCCAAGUGUUUAAGAGGUAAAGUAUGUUUUGAGUCUCACAUUUCUUGUUUCUACCAUUCUUAUGUGAUGUUGAGAAUGUUUUAUGUAUUGGUAAUAUUGAAAUUCUUUGUUCCAUUGACUAUGUGUAAUAUGUGUUACUGAAUUGAAUUACACACUGCCAACAGUGCAGUUGUGAAUGUGGAGACCAAUUUUGUUGGUUAUGGUGA